AUGGUGAGACAUCAUCGUCAUCAUCAGAGAGUAGAUGUCUCUGCUUCUUCAUCCACAACAUGUAUGGAGGAUGAUGAAAUGAAUCACAUGAAGCCUGCAUGGCUACAAGGUUUGAUGGGGGAGACAUUCUUUGGUGGUUGUGGGGUCCACGAGAACCGCAGGAAGAGCGAGAAGAACGUCUUCUGUUUGCACUGUUGCCUCUCUAUUUGCCCACACUGCCUUCACUCUCAUCGCUCUCAUCCUCUACUUCAGGUUAGAAGAUAUGUGUACCAUGAUGUGGUUAGAUUGGGUGAUCUUGAGAAGCUCAUUGACUGUUCCUAUAUUCAGCCCUAUUCCAAUAACGGUGCCAAAGUAAUAUUCUUGAACCAGAGGCCACAGUCGAGGCCACUUUCCAGGACUAAUUGCAACAAAGGGUUUGCUGCCAAUAUCUGUUACACUUGUGACAGGAUUCUCCAAGAGCCAUUCCGCUUUUGUUCUCUCUCAUGCAAGGUCGAUCACUUGGUGCUCCAAGAGGAAGAUUUAUCCGGCAUACUCUACAAUUUUGAUGAAUCUGACUUCACAAUCUCUCAAUUCGAGGGACUACGGAUGGAUGGCUCGGAGGUGACCGAUGACGAUGACCAAAGGAUAGGCUCUUCAUGCUCCAACAGCGAUUCAGUAAUGUCACGUGAACCAGAGGUCGUCUUCAAGAAGAAGAAGAAAGGGAUACUCCCAGGGAUCAUGCUCUCCCUCAGCAGCAGGAGAAAGGGUGCUCCUCAGAGGGCUCCUCUUUCUUAA